UUCACUUCAUAUUCUUCUUCUUCUUUUCUUUCUUUUUAACAAUGGCAAAGAUGUCAUCUUCAGAUCCUUUAGUUCUUGGAAGAGUGGUUGGAGAUGUCAUCCACUCUUUCAAUCCAAGUGUUCAAAUGUCUGUCACUUACAACACCAAACAAGUCUUCAAUGGCCAUGAGUUCUUCCCUUCUGCUCUUACCACUAGGCCUAAGGUUGCCAUUGAUGGUGGUGACAUGAGGACUUUUUACACACUGAUCAUGACAGAUCCUGAUGUUCCUGGACCAAGUGAUCCUUAUCUGAGAGAACAUUUGCACUGGAUGGUUACAGACAUUCCUGGCACAACAGAUGCCACAUUUGGGAAAGAGAUAGUGAGCUAUGAAAGCCCUAAGCCACAGAUAGGGAUACACAGGUAUGUGUUUGUGUUGUUGAAGCAAAAGAGAAGGCAGAGUGUAACCCCACCAAGUUCAAGGGAUCACUUCAACACUAUCAACUUCUCUGCUCACUCUGACCUUUCUCUUCCUGUUGCUGCUGUCUACUUCAAUGCUCAGAGAGAAACCGCCGCUAGAAGACGCUAAUUCAUAUAUAUAUAUAUAUGUAGCUGCAUGCACACCUAUAUAUAUUUAUUAUUAGUAAAUAUAUAAAUAAAUAAAGCAAGAAGCAUGCAAGCAAGGUUAUUAGGUUAUGUUUCUUUCUAUGGCUAUAUAUCAUCAUCAUCAUCAUGAAGAAUGAAAAGGGUAUGGCACGUGGCUUCUUCUCAUAGGUGGUGUUAAUCUUGGAUAUAUAGUUUAGGUGUCACUUAU